UUGCAGGUCGAGCCAUACCUACCGUAUGAGUACACCUGCGAGGGAAUGCUGGAGAGGGUACACGCCUACAUACAGCAUCAGGACUUCUGCGCCCCCGAGGCCCCCUUCCCUCCGGCCAACUCCUCCUCCUCCAAGCUGGGGCUUAGUAGUCCGGGUAGCCCUGGGCCUCAAUUUGUCCUGCUKCCCAACUCCAGUGCCCUAACCUGGGCCCCCAACGCCAACACCCCCCCUGCCUGGCCCCCCCUCAGCUCCCUGAGGCUGCUGGCGUCCCAGGAGGGCCAGUCGUGUGUGGAGGCGUGCCAGCGUGCCAACCUGGUCUGUGAGCCCGCGCUGUUCCGCUUCGUCAAUAACAAGGAUGCCCUCCGUGGGUUAGAGGUGCAGUGUGAGGUGGUGGAGGCGGAGGUCAACCACGUGUUCCCGGCCUUCUCCGUCCUACGCCGGGAGUGCAGCCUCCAGAAGGACCCCCUCCUCUACAGCUGUGCCGGCCACAGCCCCAAGUACCACCGCCUCUGCCCCUGCCGGGACUACCGCCGCGGCCAGGUUGCCCUCUGCCGAGACUGCUUAUGAGGAGGGGCCAGGAGUUUUUCCAAUGAACGCCUGACCCGGCAAUGUGGCUAGGAAAAACUCCAGGCGCUCUAGUUAUAGCCUAUGAAUUGUAGACUAUAAACUAUGGACUAUAAGCUCAACCAGCCCUGGUUAUGAUGCUAGGAGAGGGGCUGGCUAAAACCGAAGGACCC